AUGGUGGAGGAUGAUGAGCGGGACCGCAAACACCAAAGCCGGGAUCGUUGUAUGAGAACUACUUUGACCAAUGAGCUUCGUUUUUCGUUCCUCAAACUGGCAAAUUUUCACUGCAAGACAUCCCACCCAUCCAUCCAAUCUCACUCACGCUCACGCCCGGAUAUUGCCUCUCCUUUGUUGGGACCACCUGGAGCGAGCUUGUGGAAACCACACACUCCAUCGCCCAAGAUGCCAACAGCAAUGGCUUCCAACGAGUCCUUCAAGGUCCACAAAUUCUCUUCCAAACUGCCAGAAGCAGAAGCUGCUCGGCAAAGGGAGAAUCAGCGGCGUCAUCGGGCAAGAGUGAAGGGUAAAAUUGCCGAGCUCGAAAGCUCUCUAGCUGACACCCGCGAAAGGCUCGAUGCAGCUCUCAAGCAUAUCCGAGAACUCGAGGCCGAGAACCAGAGACUCCGUGAAGCGUCCUCUCCUUCAGUCUACACUCCGGAAUCCCGGGAUGAGUCACCUGCAGAGCAGCUCCUCUACAUGAGCCAAAGUGGACAUGAUGGCUACCAUUACUCUCAGCCCCGGUCACACCAGUUCGAGCCACAUCAACCGCCACGGCAACUUCAACAGCAACACCAACACCAUCACCACCGACAGCCCCCCGUAAAUGGUCUGGACAUCCUAGCCAGCAUUUCGUCCAGCGAAAGUGCAGUACCAACGCGCCACCGCACCUAUCACCCCCACGAACUAGACUGUGCUCGAAAUCUAGCCUCCCUACCAAGCUACGAACCCACACCCAUAGCCUCUCCCAGAGACAUGUCCCCCAUUGCCGCUUUACUCUCCAUGCCUACCGCAUCCCAGAGAGGCCAGGCAACCGACUUUCAUUCGCCUUCCGCCACCACCAUCUCAGCCAGCUCUUCGACGGAGUCGCCAGGCCGGACCUCGGUCUUCGACUUCAACAGCAGAAGUAGUAGCUACUACCACCCGUCCUCGACCUCGAACUCACAGUCCUCAGUGGACUCACACUCAAACUUCCAGGACAAGAUCGGCGAACUCAUCAGUUGUCUGGAUAACCACAUCGAAGACGAUGACGACUUGGUUCUGCCGGCUCCUCGACCCGGUGAAUCCACCAUGCCCUGUCGAGAGGCUUUUUCCAUUGUCCGAAAGGUGCAGACGACCAGACCUGAUUACUACUACGAUACGGACUGCCGUGAGGUAGAAAACGUGGCGAGGGAGCAAUGGAAGCCAGGGUUUCGAAGCGCUAUUGAGCCUGGGUCAGGAUGUCGGGUGCAGACGCAUUUGGUCUAUGAUUUCGUUGAUCACAUUACUGGGCCUUGA